CUUCUGAUCCCGGUGGCAUGUAGUGCCUGCAGGCAAUGGGCAUUUUCUCACUCCUUGGAGCAGAGGUGUGCUGUAUGCAGCUGAGCAUAAGGGGCUGACUGGGGACCCUGACCUCGCCCUUUGACAUCGACUUUUGCUAUAAAAUGGGAAUUCUUACUGCAAUUCUGGGGGUCUGGUUCAGCUGUUCAUUUGUAAAAGGAGAUUCUAAGGCUGUGACAACAUCUCUAACUACAAAGUGGUCUUCAACUCCUCUGCUCCUUGAGACAAGUGAAUUUCUGUCAGAAGAAAGUCAAGAAAAGUUCUGGAAUUUUGUUGAAGCCAGUCAGCAUAUUAGGACAUCUGAACAUGAUGGCAGUGAUUAUUCUGCCUACCACGAAAUUCUGAAGGUAGCCUCCCAGAGCUUGUCACCUUUACAGCAGAAUUUGUUGAAGUUUUCCUUGUCCUUACGUUCUUAUUCUGCAACAGUUCAAGCUUUCCAGCAGAUAGCAGCAGAUGAGCCUCCACCAAAGGGUUGUGCCCUGUUUUUUGCUGUGCAUGGGGAGAAGACAUGUGAAUAUGACUCUCUUGGAACGCUUCUGAAGACUGCUUCAGAAAGACCAAAGCCCUUCUUGUUCAAAGGGGACCACACGUACCCAGCGUCCAACCCCGAACGUCCCAUUGUCAUACUGUAUGCUGAGAUUGGCACAGAGGAUUUCUACAGGUUCCAUAAGCUGCUUGUUACAAAGGCUGAGGCAGGAGAAAUCACUUAUGUCCUCAGACACUAUAUUGCUAAUCCCAGUAAGGAAAAAGUCUACCUCUCUGGCUAUGGUGUGGAACUGGCUAUUAAAAGUACUGAAUAUAAGGCCAAGGAUGAUACACAGGUGAAAGGCACUGAUGUGAAUGCUACAGUAAUAGAUGAAGAUGACCCUAUUGAUGAGGUGCAAGGAUUUCUUUUUGGAAAAUUAAGGCAGUUGUAUCCUGACUUGACUGAAGAGCUGAAAGAGCUUAGAAAACACCUCGUGGAAAGUACCAACGAGAUGGCACCCUUGAAAGUAUGGCAGUUACAAGAUUUAAGUUUUCAAACUGCUGCACGCGUUUUGGCUGCUCCUCCUGUGGAUGCUUUGAUGGUCAUGAAAGAUCUGAGUCAGAACUUCCCUACAAAGGCCAGAGCCAUAACAAAAACAGUUGUGUCCAUGGAACUCAGAACAGAAAUUGAGGAGAAUCAAAAGUAUUUCAAAGGAACGUUAGGAUUACAGCCGGGGGAUUCUGCUCUCUUCAUCAAUGGGCUGCAUAUUGAUUUAGACACUCAGGACAUAUUUAGCUUGUUUGAUGUGCUACGCAAUGAAGCUCGUGUUAUGGAAGGUCUGCACAGCUUGGGGAUUGAAGGACUGUCCUUGCACAAUGUUCUGAAGUUGAACAUCCAGCCAUCUGAUUCAGACUAUGCAGUGGACAUCAGAAGCCCUGCUAUUUCGUGGAUCAACAAUCUGGAAGUUGACAGCCGGUAUAAUUCCUGGCCUUCCAGUGUGCAGGAACUGCUGCGUCCCACGUUCCCAGGGGUGAUCAGACAGAUCAGAAAAAACUUCCAUAACUUGGUGCUGAUAGUAGAUCCUACUCAUGAGACCACAGCAGAAUUACUGAAUGUGGCAGAGAUGUUCUUCAGUAACCACAUCCCACUGAGGAUAGGACUAGUCUUUGUGGUUAAUGACUGUGAUGAUGUUGAUGGACUUCAGGAUCCUGGCGUUGCCCUUCUUAGAGUAUACAAUUAUGUGGCACAAGAAAUGGACAAUAAUUAUGCUUUCCAGACAGUCAUGUCUAUAUAUAACAAAGUAAAAACAGGAGAUCAGCUGAAGGUGGAGCAUGUGGUUAGUGUUCUUGAGAAACAGUAUCCUUACGUGGAAGUGAACAGUGUUCUGGGAAUUGAUUCUGCCUAUGAUCAAAACAGAAAGGCAGCAAAAAGUUACUAUGAGCAGACGGGUGUAGGCCCCCUCCCUGUGGUGCUGUUCAAUGGGAUGCCUUUUCAAAAGGACCAGCUGGAUCCUGAUGACCUGGAAACGGUGACAAUGCACAAAAUCCUGGAAACCACAAGCAUCUUCCAGCGAGCUGUGUACCUGGGUGAACUAUCUAAUGACCAAGAUGUGGUUGAGUAUAUUAUGAACCAGCCUAAUGUUGUUCCAAGAAUUAACUCGAGGAUCUUAAUGUCAGACAGAGAGUACCUAGAUCUGACAGCAAUGAAUAACUUUUAUGUGGAUGACUUUGCUAGAUUCAGCACGUUGGAUUCCAAAGAUAAGACAGCUGCUGUGGCAAACAGCAUGACCUACUUAACAAAGAGAGGAAUGUCUUCCAAGGAGAUCUAUGGUAAAUCAUGCUUUGGCUUUCCAUUUGUUGUUGUUCUGGGAAUUUCUUGGUUCCCAAAGUUACAAUUCCCUUGUAACUUUGGCCUUAGAACCAGCAGGUUCUAAAUGCAUGUUUGCUUUGUCACUCCUUGUUUUUCUACACAACUAGUUUUGUGAACUAACAGCUUCAGUAUAUAGAAGCAGGA